AUGUCCCGAUUCGACUACGAGAAGGUUUCAAGCUUGCUUAGCGCGUUUAUUACCACCGACGAGGCAAAGGUCGCCGAGAUUGCUCGUUUUAUCAGUCCUGGCGACGAAGAAAGAUGUCCAUGUGAGAAUGAUGUUUGCACGGGAUUAAGAAUUAUCUUUGCGACGUUAUUCUUAUUGGGGAAACAAGAAUUGAUAUUGGAAAUUUAUCAGUCAUCGGUUCGAAUAUGCGAUGGAGCUUGGCCAUGCAGCGAUCCGACUUCACCGACCUACUCUACUCGGGCUGCUGAGGCUCUUCGGGAAGUCCUGAGACACCUAGAUGCACAUGAAGAUGAGCUCUUCCACCAGCUGCAAUGGCAAAUGAGGUCUCCGUACUUCAGGAGGGGCAAAAUAUCUACAGAGCAGCCUUAUCGCCUAUUGCAGGAUGAAGUGACGUUGCCGUGGUCGGAGCUCAGUAUGCAGGGGAAGAUAUUAGAUGGUCAAGUUUCUUUUGUGCAAAGAAUCAAGAUUCACCAAGAUCAUCACGAACUACAAGCCCAAACUGAGCAUUUUGCCUUGAAAAUCCUCGACAAGCGACACACCAUUGAUGCUGCUGAAACAUCUUUCAACGAUGAGAUUGCUGCCAACCAGAGAACGAAACAUUCCCGGAUAACGCCACUGCUCGCUGCCUUCAGACACCGAAAUCGAUUCUAUCUCCUGUUCCCUUGGGCUGACGGCGGCAGUCUCCUUGACCUAUGGAAAAAGCAUGACUUACACUCACACUUUCCCGGCCAUUGUCCGCCUUGGUACUCCGUUCGGUGGAUGAUAGAACAAUGCUAUUACAUCGCCGACGCCUUGGCCACGGUACAUGGCUAUGAUUCCCGAGAGGGAGGGCAUUCCUCCGAAGCACAGCUUCAUCUCGAUAUCAAGCCAGAGAAUAUCGUCUGCUUCGGAAAACCUCGGAACGGAAAUAUCUCUUACGAAUUGAAGCUGACGGAUUUUGGUCUGUCCAAGCCUUUUGAUAGGGGUUCUCCGCAACGGCCGAGGCAGAAGGCAGAGACGAAGACAUAUCGACCGCCCGAAAGAGACCUUGAGGGGACCAAAGUGGACGAAAUGUUCGACAUAUGGUGCUUGGGAUGCCUAUUUCUCGACUUCAUCACAUGGGCUCUAGAGGGGUCGGGCGGAGUCGAAAGGUUCCGCGAAAGCCGUCUUCAAGAAAUGGAUGAGGUUGAUGUCGAUCUAGAGUUCGGUCCGGUACAGGAAGAUACUUUCUUCAAAAAGAGGGUGCAACGAUGGGUAUGGUGGUGGCCAAGACAAUUUUCCCGCACCAUUGUUGCAGAUCUAAAGCCGUCCGUGAUUUCGCAAUUCCAACAUCUCCGAUACCUUGCAACAGAUGAACCUGACCUAGAGAGAUUCCUUGGUCUCGUCCAAUCGAGAAUGCUGCUCAUCGACGGCAAUGCGCGAGCAACGUCGAAUGAGGUGCGAAAUACCAUGCAUGUAUGGAAGCAGAGCUUCACAGAGCAAGCAGUCCAGACUUGA